AUGGCGCCUAAACCUCCGUCAGGGACUUCUUCCAGAGCCUGGGAUGGCGUGAAUCCCCCGCUGUCGGACUGGGUGCUCGACGCUGUCUCGUCGAUGGGGUUCUCUCGAAUGACCCCAGUCCAAGCAUCGGCCAUCCCUCUUUUUAUGGCGCACAAAGAUGUCGUGGUUGAGGCCGUCACAGGAAGUGGAAAGACUCUGUCAUUCUUGAUCCCGGUCGUGGAGAAGUUGUUGCGCCUGGAAGAACCCAUCAAGAAGCACCAUGUAGGCGCCAUCAUUGUUUCUCCGACAAGAGAGCUUGCUUCGCAGAUCUACAACGUCUUAACAUCCCUACUCGCAUUCCAUCCCGCAUCAGCCGCAGUGAUCAACCCCUCCGAAACCGAUGAAGACGCUCCCCGCCCGAAACACUCUUCCUCCGUACUGAAGGUCGUUCCCCAGCUUCUCCUCGGAGGCUCAACCUCGCCCGCGGAGGACUUGAGCUCUUUUCUGAAGCGUUCUCCAAAUCUCUUGGUGGCUACCCCGGGUAGACUUCUUGAGCUGCUCUCUUCGCCGCACGUUUACUGCCCGCAAUCGUCCUUCGAGAUGCUUGUCCUGGAUGAGGCGGACAGGCUGCUGGAUCUUGGGUUCAAGGAGACAUUGCAGAACAUCUUGCGCAGGCUUCCGAAACAAAGACGCACCGGGCUGUUCAGUGCUAGUAUUAGUGAGGCUGUCGAUCAGAUUGUUCGCGUAGGAUUGCGCAACCCUGUCAAGGUCGUUGUCAAGGUCAAAGGAGGUUCCGGAGUCGAAGAUAAGCGUACGCCAGCCAGUCUACAAAUGACCUAUUUGACACAGCCACCAACCCAUAAAUUUGUGGUCCUGAAGCACAUCUUGAAUGCGGUGCAACCGACUCCCUCAAAAUCCAUAUUCUUUGUGUCGACAUGCUCUGGUGUCGACUAUCUAUCUGCCAUUCUCCCUUUGAUACUCGGCGACGACUUCCAGUUAAUACCACUCCACGGAAAGCACCCUGCCAACGUGCGCCAAAAGAACUUCAACCGUUUCGUGAACGCACAUACCCCAGCCAUCCUCCUCACCACAGACGUCGCUUCUCGCGGUCUAGAUAUUCCAUCGGUUGACCUCGUUGUCCAGAUCGACCCUCCUUCAGAUCCGAAAACUUUCAUUCAUCGUUGCGGUCGUGCUGGAAGGGCCGGUCGCAGGGGUCUUAGUGUGGUCUUGUUGCAUCCUGGCAGGGAAGAAGAUUACGUUUCUUUCCUUGAAGUACGAAAGACUCCAGUCGCUCCUUUCCCGCAAGCCAUUACCGUUUCCGACGCCGAAGCCGAAGCCGCUACAGAGGCUGCUCGGAAAGCAGCAAAGGCAGAUCGUGCCGUUCACGACCGAGGUCAGAAGGCGUUUGUUAGUUGGCUAAGGAGUUACAGCAAACACCAAGCAAGCAGUAUCUUUCGCGUUGCAGAUUUGGACUGGGAAGGCUUAGGAAAGGCUUGGGGUUUACUGAAGCUGCCUAAGAUGCCAGAGCUGAGGAACUUCACAGGAGACAAGACACUUGGGGUCGAGAUGGACUGGGACACAUACUCAUACAAAGAUAAGCAGCGCGAGAAGCGCCGUUUAGAGCUUCUUCAGGAGAUGGCCGAGUCCGGCCCGCAGCAAUUAGCGACCAAGAAGCGACCAAGCGAUACCGUGGCAUGGAGCAACAAUGUCGAGAACAAGAACAAGAAGGCCAAGCGACGAGACAUGAAGCAAGUGCGCCAGGAGAAGAAGAGAUGGGAGAAGAUGACUGAGGAAGAGAGGAAGAAGGCUCUCGAGACGGAGCAGAUGGUGGACCAGAUUCGCGUGAAGAAUGAAGAAGAGCGAAAGCUCAGACGCGCAGCUGCUAAGGCGGAGAAAGGCGCAAACGAUGAUGGCGACGAGGAAUUCGAAGGCUUCGAUUAG